UUUCUUCCUCCCACUCACCAAAUUUAAACUCCAUUUCUCUCUUUUUCCACUUCAAUUCUUCACUCUCAACCCAAAAAAACCCACUUUCUCUCUCCAAAAAUGGCGGCGACGGCGCGUGGGAAAGGAACAGUAACUUCACUCGCAUCAAUGUUCCCAGCAGAAGAAGCUCGAAAAGCUUCACAGCGCGUGAACGACACUAUCCUCGAAAAGCGUGAAGAACUCGACAACCUCAAUCACUUCGUUACUGAUAAUACUAACCUAAUCAGUCUUGUUCAACGUCUCCCCGAUGAACUCCACCACAACAUCAUGGUUCCUUUUGGAAAGGGAGCAUUUUUUCCAGGACGAUUGGUUCAUACUAAUGAGUUCCUGGUUUUCCUAGGAGAGGGUUAUUUCGCCGAUAGAACAGCCAAACAAACUGUUGAUAUUCUUAAUAGAAGAGGGCAGGCAUUGAAGUCUCAAGUUGAUUCCCUUAAGGCUGUGAUUAAAGAUCUUAAGGCCGAGGCGUCGUUUUUUGACAGAACCGCUGCAGAAUCUGUGGAAGGUCUUGUGGAGAUUAGGGAAGAACUUACUGACGAUGAAGAUUCUGGAGGAAGCCCGGAAAAGGCAGAUGCACCAAUGGUAUCUGAAGUUGGUAAUGGUAGUAGUGCCGGGAUAGUUGAUGAUGAAGAAUAUUCUCGUAUCAUGGCCAGGUUGGACGAACUUGAGAAAGAAGAACUUGAAGAAGAAGAUACCGAAGAGCAUGAAGAUGAUACACGUGAUGAGGAUUUCCAGAACUUGGACCGACAGCAUUUAGAGGAUAGUACAUCUAAGCCAACUGAUGCUAAUAAAUUACAUCAUGGAAAUUGGAGUUCACAACCUAGUCAUAAAGAUAAAUCCUCUCAUGGCAAAGAUAUAUCGCGAAACUUUGUUGAAAGAACAACUGAGGAAGAUUAUGUUCCUUCUGUUGGAAAGACCAGUUUUCCAUCUGAGUCCAAGUCAAACUCUGAGGUUUGUGUUCCAAUGCUUAACCCAGAUGCUGGGAAUCGAUUGUCUAGACCCGUUACAGAUAGUCUUAAGGCUUUCACUGGCUCUAUCGUAGAGCGGACAGAUAAUUUGCAAAUCUCCCCGGAUAAAGAAACAAUUAAUCAGCCUUCUAAUUCUCAAGCAUCAAAGCCAGUUUCGAGAUUUAAGAUGCAGAGGAGGGGUGUUUAGAAUUAAAACAUGCAGUCAUGCAGAAUCCCCAGAGAUUAUUGUAAAUUGUAGAGAAUACAAAUGGUGCACCUGAUUUUGGUUCUAGAGUGAUUAGCAGCAAGUUGGCAUCGCUAUGAGUUUCUUUCAUUUUUUCCUUUUCCAAGGGGGGAGCAUCACGUUGACUUUGAAGUCAGUAAUUGUGACUAUUGCUAUAGAAUGAGAAGCAAUUUUGUAGCUUAAUGAUUCCAUGGGGACCCGACAUUGUUGACUUGGAAAAAUAACUAUUUUGACUCACAUUAAUAGUACAUAUAUUUUUUUAAUUAA